AUGCCGGACUCGACAGAAGCCCAAACGCUCAAGUCGCCGACCGCGCCUAGUCAGCGUCCCGAGGUGUGUGGUCCUCACGCACCAGAGCGCCCCUACCCCAUCUACCUUCGAGGCAACGUCGAGAAGGGUUUCGGUCGUGGCUCGAAGGAUCUCGGGUGUCCCACUGCCAAUUUGCCCUCGAAAGUCGUUGAGCCAGGUUCCUCGUUGUCCCGCAACGGCGUCUACUUUGGCUAUGCGCGUGUUCUUCCGCAGGAUGAAGAUGAUCCGUCGCUCACCGACUCUGAUGACGUUGAUCCCACAUCUGCAGGCAUUGACGAUGAGGACAACGAGGUGGUCCUCGGCGCCAGUCCCAUCGGGGAUGAAGGUUUCCUCAACAGCUCGUCCUUGCCGAGGUCGCGCCACAACAGCCGCGGUCAACCUAGCCCAGCAGCCGUCCUCGAAGCAGGCAGGAGGGAUAAGGAGGACGAAGUGAGCCGCGCAGAAGCCUCACACGCACAAUCGGGCUCCUCCUCAUCCACAUCAAGCCGCCUCACCGCCGGUCGCAGGAAAAAGACCAAACGCAUACCUCUGCGAGCCGAAGACUCCAAGGUCUUUCCCAUGGUCAUGUCCGUCGGCUGGAACCCGUUCUACAAGAACACCCGCAAAACAGCAGAGGUCCACAUCCUCCACGACUUUGCCGCCGAUUUCUACGGGUUGGAAAUCCGAGUUGUCGUACUGGGGUAUGUGAGACCAGAGUACAAUUAUGAUACCAUGGAGGCGUUGAUUGAGGACAUCGAGAUGGAUAAGAAGGUGACGGUGAAUAGUCUGGCCAGGCCGCUGUAUCAGGAUUAUGCGCAGGAUCCGUUCCUCGGUCGUUGA